UCCCAUAUUCAUAGGUCCCUCCACAUAUUUCAAAGUUCAUCUUCACACUUCCACAGAGCCUUGACCAAGACGAAAAACACACACACAGAAAAACAGAGAGAGAGAGAGAGAGAGAGAGAGUUAGUGAGUUACAGAGAGAAGCUCAACAAUGGCGGUAAAAAUUGCAUGGCACUUCCACAUUUUCUCCCUCUUUCUGCUCCAUCUUACUGUUGCAAGCCUAAAUUCAGCUGAAAUUUUGACUGUUUACUCAAACUCAAACCUUGAAGCUCCUUCCAUGGCGGUUUCAGUAGAAAAUCAAGACCUCAACGAGGUUGCUAACAGUGUUUUAAUGGCGGAAACAUGGCUCAGAAAAAAUGUUUUACCUUUUUACCCUGCUUACAAAAUUACCCACAUUGUUGUUGGACAUAAUCUCCUUUGUUCUUCCAAAAAUUACCAUCAAAUGCAUCAUCUUUUUUUACCUGCACUCAAAAAUAUUCACCAUUCUCUCACUAGAUGGAAUUUACACUCUGAAAUCAAGGUUUCUCCUUCUAUUUCUUCUCAUUGUUUGGAAUUAUCCUCUGAUUUGUCUUCCUCUCUACUUAAAAAUCUCCUAAACUUCAUUAAUUCCACUAAUUCUUCUUAUAUGGUAAACCCAUCUCUUAAAACACCCAUUUCUGACACAAAGUUUGAAACCUUAAUUUCUACCCAUCUCAAAACCCUAAAAAAGAUUGGAUUUUUAUCCUUGGAAAAUCUCAAAUUUAUGGUGAUUUCAGAUUACUCAACAAAAAAAGAAACAAAACCCACAAUGAGAAAACUAUCAUAUGUUCUCCCAACUCCAUCACCUGAGGAACUCCCAAUUGGCAAAGGCCCAUAUUCACUUCCUCCUUUGAUUGGAGUUGGGCCAACCAAUUCCCCACCUAGCCCAAUCUUUAGUGGUGCACCACAUUUGGGCCUAAGCCCAUCAUACUCCCCUGAUCCUCACCCUCAACCUCACCUCCACCCCCAUCACCACCACUAUUGGGCACCCUGCAAUCCGGCUCCGCCAAAGGCCGCACCGGGGCCUCGGGCCGAGCCGAGUGGAGACAAAAUGUGGUGUGUGGCAAAGCCAAGUGUGCCUGCAGAGACAUUGCAAGAGGCAAUGGAUUAUGCUUGUGGUGUAGGAGGAGCUGAGUGUGAUGAAAUUCAGCCUAAUGGCAAUUGUUAUAACCCUGAUACUAUUGUUGCUCAUGCUUCUUUUGCUUUUAAUAGUUAUUGGCAGAAAACUAAGGUUAAUGGUGGUUCUUGCAGCUUUGGUGGCACUGCUAUGCUCAUCAAUUCUGACCCAAGUUUUCUUCAAUGUAGAUUCAUUGUGAGUUGAUCUCAACGAGUCAAUGACAAAGAUGAAAAGCUCUUCUAUGGUUAAUGACAUCAAUUAUAGAUUAGUUAAAUAGGAAAAUUAGGAUUAAGGAGUUGUUUUUGUUUAAUUUUGGAGUUCUAAAGCUUUCAACUUUAGUAUGGUAAAGACUAAAGAGCUUUUGUGCUUUUUGAUUUGUAUGGAACAAUAAGUUAUGGGGAUCAAAUCUAUAUAAUUUGCUAUUUCUGCU